AUGGCGUCGUGGGCCACCUACGUCAGCGCGACGGACGAGGUGAGGGAGGGGCUACCGCCAGGACCUCUAUACUCAACUGUAGAGGAUGUGCAGCGGCGUAAGUACCCGGCACCCCAGCCGAAGCCCCUGAAGGACUUUCUGACCGUGACCGCGAUUCGUAUGUACCUGCUAGUGUGGCGAUGA